AUGUGGGAGGGGAGAUACCCAGAUGUGGUCAAAGAAAUCCGUGAUAGGCUGUAUGUAGACGACCUCAUGACGGGGGGUACAACUGUUGAAGAAGUCAACGAUAAGAAGAUGAAGACAAGCGAAGUUUUCGAAGACGCCACCUUUAAACUGCACAAAUGGCACUCUAAUGUCGAAGAUCUUGAAGAAAGGACACCAGUGUUGAUACAUGACGGGGAAGAGACGACCUUCGCGAAGCGGCAUCUCGGAGUCGAGCAAACGGAAACGAAAUUACUUGGCCUACCAUGGGACAAGAAGCGAGAUACACUCAGCGUGGUGGUAAACAAGAAGGAGUUCGCGAAUACCAAAAGAAUAGCUCUCUCUCAACUGGCGAAGGUUUACGAUCCGCUCGGCUUGGUAUCACCUGCUACGGUUGUUGGAAAGAUGUUGUAUCGCGAAAUCUGCGAAACCCAUCUUGCGUGGGACAGCGAACUCCCGGAGGAAUUGAAGAAACGUUGGAUGAAAUGGCACUCGCAAAUGCCAGAACACUUCUCGGUUCCGCGAUCGUUAGCACCACGUUAUCAACCAGUGUUGUCAAUAUCAAUCCAUGCAUUCGGAGAUGCAAGCAAGAAUGGGGUGUCUGCCGCCGUGUAUGCCGUGGUUGAACAGCAGGAAACGACGACACAAGGGUUAGUGUGUUUCAAGUCUCGACUGGCGAAGCGUGAUCUUACGAUUCCACGUUUGGAGUUGGUAGCAGGGCAUAUGGCAGUCAAUCUUGGGUCUAAUGUCGAAAGAGCAAUUGGCGUUGAGAAGGUAUCCGGGGUUCAUUGCUGGUUAGACUCCACCGUGGCAUUGUACUGGAUCAAUGGCCAAGGCGAGUACCGUCAAUUUGUCGCCAACAGAGUGAAGAAGAUCCAAGGGCACCAUGUUCCCACUCACGAGAAUCCAGCAGAUCUUGGGAGUCGUGGGGGAACGAUCGACGAAACGAGCUUUGGCAGCGUGGACCAGCAUGGCUUAGUGAUCCAAGCAGAUGGCCCCCGCAAGUCACGCUCACAGCCGACGAAAGGGUGA